AUGGAGAGCUUUAAACACGUUUUUCUCAUCCCCUCAGACGGGGAGUUCGCGCCAACAGACGGGGGUCUCCACACUGCAGCGUGGGAUGACUGCGCAGCAGGAGACGGCAGCAGCAGCACCAGCAGCAGCCACUGCAGCACAACCACCAGCAGCAGUGGCAGCAGCAGCAGCAACACACUUGCUGCUGCUGCUGCUGCAGCAAUGGUGUCCUGCAGGGUAGGGGACGAUGCCACUGAGCAGCGCCUCCUGUGCGGAGGCGUUCAGGCAGCGACGGGGCAGGUCGCAGCAGCGGCAGCAGCAGCAGCUGCUGCUGCGGUAGCAGCAGCAACAGCCGACGGAACUCCUCUCACCUGCUGUGGGGGGGAGAAAGCACUGGCAAUGGAACCCGCACGAUCGCGGAGACUCCCAGACGUAGAGGAGCUGCUGCUUUCGAGGCCUGCAGGGUCGCAACAGCAGGUGCAGCAACAAGUGCAACAAGUGCAGCAGCAGCAGCAGCAGGACGUGCUGCUGGGGCAGCUGCUGCAGCAAACGACAGAGCAGCAGCAGGGUCAGCAUAGCCACAAGGAGGAAGGGCAACAGACCUUUGCUGCUCAAGGGGCCCUUAGCAGGAGUGGUUCGGGUCAGCAGCAGCCGCAGCAGCAACCGCAACAACAACAACAGCAGCAGCAGCAGCAGCAGCAGCACUCCUCUGGGAGACGUGCGUAUGCAGAGGGUGUGGGGUCUUCUAAGCACGGAUCAGGACGAGGGCGCCAGGGAGAGAAGAAUUCAGCAGCAAACAGAGCAGCAGCAGCAGCAAACGGAGAGUCAGACAGCCACCUGGCCCUGCAGACUGCCCUGGUUACGAUGCUGCACCUACAAGCCCACGGAGGACUCCAGCGCAAACUCGUAUUUCCUAAACGCCUGCCGCCCCACUUGGAGCGAAAGAAGCAGCUGCAGCAGCAGUCACGGAUUUCUGGCCGCAGCGGCGCUCAGCGUAAGGAGCGCGCAGCAGCAGCUGCCGCUGCAGCUGCAGCUGCAGCAGCAGCAGCAGCAGCAGGCACAGCAUCAACCGGAGCAUCAACGGGAACGCCCGCAGGGGGUGAAGGUGAGUCUGUGGGGGAGCUGAAGGAGCCUAGCGAGGCCCCUCUGUGCCGUCUGCGCCAGAGCAUAACUUCUGUACACCUCCCCCAGCAGCAGCAGCAGGAGCAGCAGCAGCAGCGGGAGCAGCAGCAACCUCAGCAGCAGCAGCAGCACCAACACCACCACCGCCACCAGCAGCAGCAGCAGCGGGUGGAUUCGCCGAUCCGACGCAGCACAGAGCCAGCACUGAAAACUGAGGCCUUGUUAGGUGUACAGCAGGCGUUUGGGGCCUUUAUUAAAUCUUAUUCUUCUGUACAUCUGCAGCACAGCUCGCCUUGGGGGGCCCCCACAACAGGGGUGACGGUGCCACCGGGGCUGGAGGAGCUGUACACCGAAGGGCGGGAAGAAGGGGGGCCCCGCGAGGGGGGCCCCGACUGCUUCUUCGCUGCACGCAGAUGCGACUCAGAUGAACUGACACGCUGCAGCAGCGGGGGGGGGCAGUGGCAAUGCGGCGAGAAAAGUUUCUUCUCUCUGUCGUGGAAUGCAAAUGGGUUGAAGGGUGGUGAUAAUAAUACAGAGGAAGAAGGAAAAGCUUGGACUUCUUCUCCGUGGGGAUGA